CGCAGUGAUCUUUCUUAUAUGUAAUUUGGCAUAAUUAUAAUGGAAUGGAUAUGCUGGCAGGAAUAUAUACUGAUGAUAAAGAACGAGGAAAUGCCAUGUCUAUAGCAUUAACUGGAAUAGGUGUUGGAAUGUUAAUAGGAUCUGGCCUUGGAGGAAUUACCUACCAUUUCAUGGGAAAGGCCUUUCCAUUCUGGAUAUUAGCAGCUUUAUUCUCAGUAAAUGGAAUGCUACAGAUAAUUACAAUUUCACCAAAGGAAAAUAAAAAAGUCAAAAUAAAUACUUCGUUAUUGUCGCUUAUAAAAGACCAUUAUAUCAUAAUUGCAGCAGGGUAUAUAACAGUUUCAAACAUUGCUUUAUCAGCUUUACAGGCAUCACUUCCUAUCUGGAUGAUGGAUAAAAUGAAUGCAGUCGAAUGGCAGCAAGGAGUCGUUUUCUUAUUUUUUGGACUAUUGUAUGUAAUUGGCACCAUCAUUUUCGGUCGCUUAGAUCAUAAAUUCGGGAGAUUCUAAUGGUGAUUACAUUCGAAUUGCUGAUUCCUCCCUCUGCUGCAGUCGGUUUUGGAAUAGGAAUGGCACAGUCUUCAAUGUAUCCUAAGUUAGGUGAUAUAAUGGACAUUCGCCAGUCUCCUACAUAUAGUAGUGUUUACGCUAUUGCGGAUAUUGCACUUUGCUCAGCGUCUAUUUUAGGUCCUUUAUUAAGCAGUGCUAUUGUAAAUUACUUAGGAUUCACAGGUUUGGUGUACACAUUUGGAGGAAUAUGUGUCCUAUACAAUUUUUCAUUGAUUUUUCUUCGUAAGGUACCAUCAAAAUGUGAAAAUCAGGUAGAUUUCUAUACAUAUAGAUUACAAUAUCUGUGUUUUUUAAUGGC